AUGUUGGCUAUUUUAUUGAUUGUUGGCAUCAUAUCUAUUGGUAUUGAAGGAAAAUUAGACUUGAAGAAUAUAAAAAGACAACAAACCUAUCCACCUGGCAAUAUUCCUACAACGAUGAGUUCGGCUGCAGGAGACUUGUGUAAUGCUGGGUGUCCAGAAGGUUGGAUUCCAUUCAAUCGAAAAUGUUAUAGGAAUGUUGAAAAGAAAUUGAGCCAAAAGGACGCAGAAGCUGAAUGCCAAACCGAAGGAAGUCAUUUAGUUUCUUUGCUUUCGGCAGAAGAGGCUCGGGCGGCGAAAUUUCUUAUUAUGGACAGCCCAUUUUUCGUAACCUCACUAUCUUCAUUUACUUCCUCAAGUGCCGAUAUCUGGAUCGGAUUAUCAAAAUCGAAAAAUGGUUCUUGGUUUUGGACCGAUUCAAAUAAAGUUGAAUUCACAAACUUUCCAUCAGGCGCUUCUUCCUCGUCGGAAUCAUGCUCGCAGAUAACGAACGGUGCUUCGGCAGUUUGGCAGCCUAUUGAUUCCGAAGAAGAGCGAACACGGGGCAACGUUCGCCAGCUUGUCUCGGUGCAAACGAAAUGCUCCAGUUCGGACGAUAGCGCUCGAUUGGUCGCCGACACACUCCCGAACUGGGCUCGAUAG